AAAAUUGAAAAGGAUGAAGGUGGUUGAAAUUAGUUCUUUUAAGGUGCGGAGUUCAUUGUGGUUGGUUCAUUAGGAAGUUGUGAGAACUUUGUGUUGUAUUUGGGCUUGAUUGGAUUACGUUUUUUUUUCUUCUAUUGGUAGGGACUUUAUUCUAACAAACGACUACCCAUAAUCCACCCCCUACCCGCAAGCCUUUCUGUACAACAAACGAAUGAAUCGAAAUUUGGUAUGUCGGAUUAUCGCCCUGUCCUCAUGGCUGGUCACAUGUGUUCGGGGGUUCUCCAGCGGGGCGCCCGACAGCGCUUGCAAUCCCAUGAUGCCACAGCACAACGCUGACCCCCGACCCCUGCCAGGACCUUUUGGGAUCAUACUCUCCAAGGUCACGUACUCACCAAUGGAAACACUGCAAGUAACCAUAGCAGGCAACACGCGGUACAAAGGUUUCAUGAUACAAGCUCGAGACGUAGACUCAGUGGAUUUUCUGGGAACCUUCACGGAAACAACAGAUGCGCGGUUUGCUUGCACACAGGGGCUGGCAUUAACACAUCGAAAUUCAGCGUUAAAAGGCAAUUUGACAUUUGCGUGGAAGGCACCUACUGAAGCUACAAAAAGGAUAAUCUUUAGGUUGACCGUUGUCGAAACCUUCGCGACUAUCUACGUGGACAUGCGCUCUGUGGUUUUACUACCUGAGCUCACAACAACUGCAGCUGUGCCGACAACAACAUCUACUCUACCAUCAACUACAACUACUCAACCAUCAACGACAUCUACUGUGCCAACAACGACAACAUCGGUGCCAGUAACAACGACAAAAGGGCCUAUUACUACAACAACGGUUCCAGUGCCCACAACAACGCCACUAACCACUACAACAACGAUAAUGACCACAACGACAACAGCAAGGCCCACAACAACAGCUACGCCACUGAGCACAACAACAACUAUGCCACUGAGCACCACAACAACGGUACUGACCACUACAACAACGCCAACGACCACAACGACGACAAGACCCACAACAACAACAACAACGCCAGUGAUUACAACAACCAUACCACUAACCACAACAACAGCGCCAGUGCUCAUCACAACGAUGCCAGUGACCACAACUAUACCAUUGACCACAACACCGCCCGUGACCACAACCACCAUACCACUAGCCCCAACAACAGUCCCAGUUACCACAACGGUGCCAGUGACCACAACGACGACAAGACCCACAACAACAACAACGCCGCUGACCACCACAACAACGCCCGUGACCACAAUCACCAUACCACUAGCCCCAACAACAGCGCCAGUGCUCAUCACAACGGUGCCAGUUACCACAACGAUGCCAAUAACCACAUCAUCAACACCAACGACCACAACAACAACAAAACUCUCCUCUGCUACCUCAGUCUUUACCACCAGUACAUCAACUUCACCAAUCCCGAUCACAACUGAAAGAAAUACAACCAACACACCCAUUACAACCACAAACAUACCCACCACCACCCCAGUCACAACCACCACACAGCGCACCACAACAAACACAACGUUAAACACAUCAAUUCUCACGACCGCAAUACCUACCACUUCCACAACCUCAACCAUCCCCAAUCUUCCCACCACAUUAACAACAAUUAUAAACACAACCACAUCAUCUGCAGCCAGCACUACCACUAUGUUACCUUUCAGCACAACCGCUGCCAAUACCACAACCACCAAGAUCACCACAGCAGUUCCAACAUCCACUACAUCAGCCACUACUAUGCCCACUACACCAUCAACGACCCCUCUAGCAGCAGCAAUACAAAAUGUUGCGACAACACAAACUACAAUGCCAAUGACAACCACACACACAACCACACCGACAGUCACCACAACAGCAUCUACAACAGCACCAACAACCACAACACCACAGACAACUACACUACCUACCACAACCACACACACAACUACACCGACAACCACACCAACACCUACAAGCACAACCACACAAAUGCACACUACCACAACAACAACAGCCAUUCCCACAACAACCACACAAACAUCCACAUCCACACCCUCAACCACAGUACAACAAACCACACACACUUCAUUUGAACCAACAACCACACCAAUCACCACACCAACCAGUGUAAUACUCACAAUACUCACGUCAACCACAACUCUACCACCCACGACUACGUCAGCCACAUCAACAACCACACCACAAAUAACCACACCACAAACAACCACACCACAAUCCACACCAUCCGCACACCAACACGACUCAGCAUCGACUACAACAACUUCAACAGAUAACUCUGGUUCUAACAAGGCAAACGCUUUGACGAGUGAAGAGAGCGGGAAAUCCCGAACGAAUUUAGGACUAUAUUUAGGGUUGCCACUUGGUCUUGUGUUGUCAUGGGCAGCCAUCGUUCUUGUAGCUUAUGUGGUGAAGCGCUUCUGGGUAUGAAGGAUGCUAAACAGAUGUCUAUCGUAAACAACAUCUUCUCUGAAACAUUCAUCUCAGGGGCGUAGC